AUGGGCAACAGCAAGGGCAAAAACAAGGGCAAGGGUAGAGGUAAGAAAAGAAGUCACAGUCCGAAGGAGAACAAGGUCGCAACAAAGGUUCAGAGCAUGUCUGAGGUCAAGGUCGACGACAAGCAUCACUGUCUUAAGAAGCGACCUACUCAUGUUCGGACUCCGCGAUGCAUUCGUUUAGGCCAUGUGGUCCAAUGUCCGAUUCACACUGACAGCUACCCGCGACGAUUGAGUGAGUGUGUGCCGUGUAAUAGUGCUGACAGACGACUAGUGCAACAAGAGCGCAAGGACAAAGGGAAGUAG